CGGAUGAGUAAUGCAUCCAGGAAGCUUGGAGGCCUGUGGUUUCCGCACGGCUGCCACUGCCACCCCCGCCCCCGCCCCUUGCGUGGACAUUUAUCCUCCGCUGCUCAGGCCCUGCCGCCAUCGCCGCAGACCCAGCGUCUAGAGAAGCUCCAUCAGAGAACCCAUCAUGGCCACCUUCGAAUCCCUGGCCUCCGGCAUCCUGUUGUUGCUGUGUCUGACAGCCCCUAGCAGGGCCUGUACCUGUGUCCCAUCCCACCCACAGAUGGCCUUCUGCAACUCUGACCUCGUCAUCAAGGCCAAGUUCAUAGGGACAGCAGAAGUCAACCAGACAACCUUAUAUCAGCGUUAUGAGAUUAAGAUGACCAAGAUGUUGAAAGGGUUCAACGCCUUGGGGGAUGUCCCUGACAUCCAGUUCGUCCACACCCCAGCCAUGGAGAGCGUCUGCGGAUACUUCCACCAGUCUCAGAACCGCAGCCAGGAGUUUCUCAUCGCUGGACAACUGAGGAACGGGCAACUGCACAUCACCACCUGCAGUUUCGUGGUCCCCUGGAACAGUCUGAGCUCCACUCAGCGACGGGGCUUCACCAAGCUUUACAGUGCUGGUUGUGAGGAAUGCACAGUGUUUCCCUGCUCAUCCAUUCCCUGCAAACUGCAGAGUAAUAAUCAGUGUUUGUGGACGGACCAGCUGCUUACAGGCUCUGACAAGGGCUUCCAGAGCCGCCACCUUGCCUGCCUGCCACAGAAGUCAGGGAUGUGCAACUGGCAGUCCCUGCGGCCCCGGAACGCCUGAAUCCUGCCCCCAGCAGAAGCUGAAACCUGCACAGUAUUCACCCCCUUUCCCACUUGUGUCUUUCUCUCUUCAAGACAAUGAAAUAAAAUCCUACCACUCGGCA